UAUAAACAACACAAGCAGAACACAAGUUCAACUUCACAUACACUGUGCGUUUGUCUUCCAGCAAGUCACCUGCGCUUCCAGCAAUGGCCCUGUUCAAAUCCAGCAAGAUUUUGACUAGUGUCGGGGCUCAGACCCCUGUUUUAGCAGUCUUACAGCUCCGGGCAAGCUCAUGGUGGACUGAGGUACAGAUGGGACCCCCUGACCCCAUUCUGGGUGUCACAGAGGCUUUUAAGCGGGACACCAACCCCAAGAAGAUGAACCUGGGUGUUGGAGCUUAUAGAGACGACCAGGGGAAGCCAUUCGUCCUCAGCAGUGUUAGAAAGGCUGAGGCCCAGAUUGCUGCUAAGAAGUUGGAUAAAGAGUACCUUCCUAUUGGAGGGUUGGCAGACUUUUCAAAGGCCUGUGUUCAGCUGGCUCUUGGACCUGAUAAUGAGGUCUUGAAGAGCGGCAGAAGCAUCACUGUCCAGACUAUCUCAGGAACUGGAUCUCUACGUGUUGGAGCUAACUUUGUGUCACGAUUCCACAAUGCAUCCCGGGAUGUUUACCUGCCUAAACCCUCCUGGGGCAACCACACACCCGUGUUCAGAGAUGCAGGCAUGCAGCUAAAGGCUUACACCUACUAUGAACCCAAAACCUGUGGCUUUAAUCUUAAAGGAGCCUUGGAUGACAUUUCAAAAAUCCCUGAGAAGAGUGUGAUUCUUCUGCAUGCGUGCGCUCAUAACCCUACUGGAGUGGACCCCAGGCCUGAGCAGUGGAAAGAGAUGGCCGCUCUGAUCAAGAAAAGAAAUCUCCUGGUGUUCUUUGACAUGGCUUACCAGGGAUUUGCCAGUGGCGACAUCGAUCGUGACGCUUGGGCUGUGCGUUAUUUCAUUGAGCAGGGCCACAACAUUCUACUGUCCCAAUCUUUUGCUAAGAACAUGGGCCUGUAUGGUGAGCGUGUGGGAGGCUUCACAGUGGUUUGUAAGGAUGCCGAAGAGGCUAAGCGUGUGGAAUCCCAGCUGAAAAUCCUCAUUCGGCCCAUCUACUCCAACCCACCCAUGAAUGGUGCUCGCAUCGCCGCCACUAUCCUCAACACACCUGAUCUCUACAAAGAAUGGCUUCAGGAGGUGAAAGGCAUGGCCGACCGCAUCAUUAGGAUGAGGGAGAUGCUCGUUUCCAACCUUAAAAAGGAGGGCUCCACUCAAAACUGGCAACAUGUCACUGACCAGAUCGGGAUGUUCUGCUUUACUGGGCUCAAACCAGAGCAGGUGGAGCGUCUGAUUAAUGAAUUCUCUAUAUACAUGACAAAAGAUGGCCGGAUUUCUGUGGCCGGAGUGACGUCUGCAAACGUGGAGUAUCUUGCACAUGCCAUCCACGCUGUCACCAAAUGAAGCUGGCAUCAAAUUUAGUGAUGAUUUAAUGUCUGUCAGGACCAGAUAAGACAUAGGAUGAAUGUAGACUUCCAGUUCACUUGAUUUGGCAUUAUUAAUGGUAAUACAUGACUGUGAAUAUGAGCCCAGCAAUAAAUUAAGACAGGAUGCUUCCUUUCAAAAUGAUAAAAACAAGCUUUAAGGAAUAUCGCUUAUCAUUGUUUCCUUUGUCGGAAUUGAUAAGAAGGUUUUUAUGGUCUAAAAUGUGCUGAUACAUCAAGUAACACAAGUCUAACAUGAUUUAAAAAUCUUUUUCUUUUUCAGACAAAUGACUCUGAGAAUAAUAACUCAAUAUGAAAUAAUAAUAAUAAUAACAAUUUUGAAUAACCCAUAUACAUACCGGAUGUAACUGAAAGGAGUGCACUGAUUUCAUGUUUAGAUGAUCGCAAAAUCUUUGAACAACUGUAGCCAGUCUAUUGUGUUCAUUUUACCUAGAAGUUCAUAAUGUAUAACACUAUUAUCAAACUAAUGUUUCAGCUUUUUAAGCAGUAACAUGUUAAUGACAACAAGGCACUUAUUCUAUACAGAGUUAUUGUGAGUUUGCGACUAGCCAUGGAAGUUUGUCCAUAGUGUGUGCAAUAUAUUUGUUCUCAUGCAAAUUGUCAGAUUUAUUUUUCUUUUUUGUCUAGUACUUUAGUCACAUGCAGAUUGUUUCAUAAAUUACUAGGCAUUAACAUUAAUUUUGUGUUUUGUUCUGGCCAUUUAAAGGGAUAGUUCACCCAACAAUUUCUCACCCUCAAGAGCUUCUAAAUUAUUAUUAUUAUUUAAUUUUUUUAUUUUUUUGAAGAGUGAAACUGGUACCCAUAGAUAUCUAAAACGUUCAAUAACUUCUGGUUUCAACAUUCUUCUGAAUAUCUUCUUGGUGUUAAAAUGAUGAUAAUUACAUUCUUUUUUGAGUGAACUAUUAAUUUUACUAUCUCAUUCAUCAUGUGUUAAACACACUGCAUGUGAACAAAACUUAAUUAAGAUUCAUUUUAGAAUGAAAACCUAUUUGAAAUUGUAACUGAUAUAUCAGUGGUUAAUGAUGCUUUAAGAAAAGCUCUCGCCGGUUUGAAUCUUGAUUAUAUGAAUGUGCACCUUGUGAGGAUUAAUAAAACAAAAAUGUUGAAGUAUAUAUUUGUAUAAUUGUGUAUGGUGUUCCUGAGGUUAACUGUAUUUUCCCCAAAGUUCUUUAAAACAAUGAAAUGUCAUGAGUGGUGCUUUAUGAAUUCUACUGAAAUGAAUAAAAGUGAGCUUAACAAAAACCUA